AUUUUUAACCGAGAGAUUUUUUUCCCUCCCCUAUAUUUUUUAUUUUUAUAUUUUUUUUUCGACUUUGAAAGCUCUUUGGGACUUUUUUUUGUUUUUGUUUACAUUUUCAAUGCAUUUUUUCCCGGCUGGUUUUCCCGAGACUGUGUGUGGCUUUAGUGGCGUACAUUUCGUGUUUGCAUUAUUCGAGCUGCGCAGAGACUAGUGUGUGAGGUAGCCCCCCCCCCCUCUCCCUCCUCACCCACACCCCACCCCACCCCAUCCUCCUCCGCAACAAGAUUUUUAUAAGACAUUUAUUUAAGCGAAGACCCCCGUUUCCCCUCCCCCUCGUCGUUCGUCUGAUUCGUGGUGGUGUUCCCGGUGGGGGGAGAAAGAUGGAGGAUGGUGCCAGUGUUUUCGGCUCGCCCUUUCCCCGUGGACGUGUUUUUAAAGAGACGCUUUUCGGGUUUAAAUUGACUCCUAAAGACGUGUUUUUUUCCCCCUUUAGGAUUUUGGCAGAGCUCAGGCAUCGUGCGUGUGUGUGUGUGUGUGUGCGCGCGCGCGUGCGUGUGUGUGUUUUUUCUGCAGCGAAUCUUUCAGGAGUGAUUUAAUUUUUCAGGAGUGAUGUUUUUCUUCCCUCAAUGACUGCUGGGGCGUUUUUAUUCUCUUUUUUUCUUUUCUUUUUUUAACGAACAUUAACUCCUGGGAAUGCUCUUGCAUCGGGGUGACAGAUUGGGGCCUUUUGUUUUUGAAGCCACUUUUUUGAACGGCAGCAAAUCCCCGAUGGCCAGCAGCAACGUGACCAACAAGACGGACCCGCGCUCCCUCAACUCCCGCGUCUUCAUCGGCAACCUCAACACGCUGCUGGUCACCAAGGCCGACGUGGAGGCCAUCUUCGCCAAGUACGGCAAGAUCGUGGGCUGCUCCGUCCACAAGGGCUACGCCUUCGUGCAGUUCGCCAACGAGAGGAACGCCCGCAACGCCGUGGUCAGCGAGGACGGCCGCAUGAUCGUGGGACAGGUGCUAGACAUCAACCUGGCGGGAGAGCCGAAACCCCACCGAUCGAAGACGGUGAAGCGCUCUGCGGGAGACAUGUACAGUCCAUCUGUGGACCUGGAAUACGACUUCCAGAGAGAUUACUACGACAGGAUGUACUCCUACCAGUCCCGCGUGCCGCCUCCCCCGCCUCCCCCGCUGUCCCGCGCCGUCGUCCCCUCCAAGCGCCCGAGGGUCAGCGUGAGCGGGGGAGGGAGCCGGCGGACCAAAACCAGCUUCUCCUCGUCCUCCAAGACGAGCCAGCGGACGUCCCGCUCCAUGAAGGCGGGCGACCUGCAGACCAUCAAGAGGGAGCUCACGCAGAUCAAGCACAAGGUGGACUACCUGCUGGAGAGCCUGGAGCGCAUGGACAAGGACCACGGCAAGAAGUCAGGUGGGGCCUCAACGGGGGGAUGGAAACGGAGGUUCACGCACCAGCACAUGAAGGGCUGCAAACAGGAACCAGGGGAGGUGUCCCCCCUCCACUCCUCCACCUCCAGCAAGAAAUGCGACGGCAUGAAACGGGGCAUGAACGACUCCGACGACGAGGGCGAUCUGCUGGACGAUGACGACGAGGUGAAGAGCAGAGGGAGAGACGACGAUGACGAGCACGAGGAAGGAGAGGACGACGGAGACAGCGCCGACGGAGACGAGGCCUAAUCGUCUCACACGCGCACACACACACACACAGACACACACACACACAAAUCACACGCGCACACACACACACGCACAGGUUGUGUGUGUUUGCAGCGCGCUGUACAGUGUUCCUGGUCUCGUACGCGCUGCAGCGAUUGGACCUUCACGGCGUGUUCAGCGCUUUGCAGAUUCUGCUCCUCACUCACGUCACGAAUACGUCGUUAUGGAUUUUCUUUUUUUUUUUCAAUGUUCCUUUAAGUUGCUUUUUUUGCCGACAUAUUCCAUUUGGCUUCUUCUUUUUUUGUCAUAUUUCUGCAAGCUCUGAUUUAGACAAAAGUAAGUUGAAUGGAGGAAAAGUGUAACCGUGUAUAACCUUUUUAUAUUUGAACUGUGUGCUUUCAGCCACUUGAUGACAGUGUUUACUUUAUUUAAAAUAUUGAACUUCCUUUGACAAAGGAAGGAUACAAAUAUGCUCCGAAUUCGAGGCUUGAGACAAAGUAGCAGACGUGGUGCCGCUGUCUGAAAAGUGUAUUUGGUUUUAAAUAUUUAUCCCCCAUCCAGCUGCUGCACAUCUGCCUCCCGACCAGCAGGUGGCAGUGCAUCAUAACAGCUGGCCACGCAACAGACAGGACGCUCUUCUGGCCCCCACCGCUGUGAAAGUAGUUUUGACUGCUUUGCUUCACCAGCUGCGCCACGUUCUUCUGGAUCUUUCUUUUCCUUUUCAUUGAACUGCUGAAAGUGAAUAAACAUGUUUUUCCAAGUAGGAA